UCACCGCGAGAGCCAUCCGGACCCCGCAGCGCCUCAGCGCGGCGGCGCUCACCGCGGCCAUGACCGUCACCACAGGGCUGUCGGGCAGCAAGCAGGGCGCCAGCCUGGCGACGGCUCCGCGCCUGCACGACGGGGAGGCGGCGGUCCGUGUCGUGGCGGCCCACGAGGGCGCAGACGCGCUGCUCGCAGUGCGCCUGGACCCGGCCGCCGGCGCGCCCACGCUCAUCCAGUGGACGCGCGGGGACGAGGAGCUGCCGAGCGGCGGGCGGUUCCGCGUGUCGGAGAACAACAACACGGUGCUGCUGUCGGUGGAGGGCGUCUCGGCGGCGGACGCGGGGCGCUACUCGCUGCUGGCGAAGAACGCGGCGGGCGAGGCGCGCGCGGCGCUGGAGCUGCGCGUGGCCCGCGACGCGCCCUGCUUCCUGCGCCGCCUCUCCCACCUGGCCGUCAAGGUCGGCACGCGCACGCGCUUCCUCGUCGAGCUGAAGGCGCCGGACGACGUCAAGGUGACAUGGCUGCACGAGGACCGCCCGCUGCCGCAGGACGACCGCUUCCAGCUGGUGCGCGAGGGCGGCUUCUUCUGCGUGGACGUGGCGCCCGUCACCGUGCACGACGCUGGCCGCUGGACCUGCCUCGCGGAGAACGCCGUCGGCCGCUCCUGCUGCUCCUGCACUCUCAACGUGCUCGUUCCCAAGGCGUACAAGCCGCCGGAGUUCGUGGAGCCUCUGCGGGCGCUGCUGUCGGCGGCGGGCACGGUGUCCCUGGAGUGCAAGGUGGUGGGCGUGCCGACGCCGGCGCUGCGCUGGCUCAAGGACGGCAAGGAGAUCCGCGCCGGGGACGUGCUGGCGCUCACCGCAGACCCCGCGUCGCUGGGCACCUACACCUGCGAGGCCAGCAACUGCAUGGGCCGCGCCACCUCCUCCUCGCGCGUCAUCGUAGAGGGCGACGCCGCCGACAGCUUUCGCGCAGCUGGGCCGCCUCCUGUGUUCGUCAAAGAACUGCAGCCCGCCAAGUGUCGCAUUGGGGAUCCUUUGACGCUUUCCUGCCAAGUGUCGGUGCCGCCGUGGCCGCGCACCGUCUCGUGGUACAACAGCGCGGGCCGCGUGGAGCCGGGCGAGCGGUACCUGGUGCGCGAGGACGGCCUGGGCGGCUUCUCGGUGCACGUGGUGGCCGUCGAGGCGGCCGACGACGGCGACUGGAAGUGCGUCGCCACCAGCGACCUGGGCGCCGCCGCCUUCUCCAGGGCCGCCGUCGCGGUCCACUACCCGAAGAACUACCGGAAGCCGCGGUUCCUGGAGAGCCUGAAGGCGGUGCUGACUGAGGAGGGCCUGGUGUCGUUCGAGUGCAAGGUGGUGGGCUUCCCCACGCCGCAGCUGCGCUGGUUCAAGGACGGCCAGGAGCUGCGCCCGGGCGACGUAUACCAGCUCACCGGCACCAACUCGCUAGGCUCCUACUCGUGCAUCGCGCGCAACUGCAUGGGCGAGGCGACGAGCACGGCCGAGCUGACGGUGGAGGAUAUCCAGAGCCAGCUGAGCGACGAGGAGCGGCUGGCGCUGCUCUCGCACAACCAGGCGCCGCGCUUCAUCCGAGGCCUCAAGAGCUGCGAGGCGCGCAUCGACGAGCCCUUCCGCUUCACCGUCCAAGUCACUGUAUCCCCGGAGCCAGUGGUCACGUGGUACCGCGACGACGAACUGGUGGCGGAUUCCGACCGAUACGAGAUCAUUACGGAGACUCUGGGCACCGUCAACCUCGAUAUCAAGCGACUCGAGAUCGUCGACCAGGCUGAGUGGAAGUGCGUCGCAUCGAACGACUUCGGGCACAGCGUAACGUCCUGUUUCCUGAAGCUGGUAAUUCCGAAACACUACAAGAAGCCGCGCUUCCUCGAAUGCCUGAGGGCCAUAUUAUCCGAAGAGGGCGCCGUCAAUCUGGAAUGCAAGGUGAUCGGCGUGCCGCAGCCGGUGCUGAAGUGGUACAAGGACGGCGCCGAGCUGAAGCCGGGGGACAUCCAUCGCAUCAUCUCGGGCCAGGACGGGACCUGCUGCCUGGGCACCUACACCUGCGAGGCGCACAACUGCAUGGGCACCGUCGCGUCCUCCGCCUCGCUGCUCGGCUUCGAGGAGCGCGUGAUGAAGGCGGAGGCGCCGGCUAUGGCUGUGGCGGCGGCGGGGGCGGCGGGGGCGGCGGGGGCGCACCCGCUGGCUCGCAACACGUCGCUGUCGACCAUCCAGGAGGAGCGCACCUCUCAGCUGUGCGACGUGCUCAGCGACCGGCCCGACCUCAGCUUCUCGUUCGACGGCCGCGAGGUGUCCGUCUCGCUGUACGAGACGCCAGACCUCACCGAGGAGCAGGCGCUCGCCGUCGUCGAGAUGUACGCCGAGCAGCUGUCCGAGCACGUCUCCGAGCACAACGUGGUGGAUCUGCCGCCGAUGCGGUUCACCAAGGAGUCGUCGCAGUCGGGCAACCUGCUGAUGGAGGCGGUGGUGAUCGACGUGUCGGGGGAGUACUUCACGACGGCCGACGAGGACCUGCGCACGGACGCCGACCUCGAGGAGCUGUCCAUCACCGACGACAACGGCCAGCAGCCGCAGCUGCCGCGCGACGACGACGCAGCCGCCGACGCGUCGCCGCCCGUCAGACCUCCCAGAGCGAACAGGCAGCAGUCGAGCGGCGACAACACGUUCCACAGCCUGUCGGACGACACGCGCUACGACCCGCCCGCCAGCGGCGGCGUCUCGCCCCCGGCUGCAGCCGCGGGGAAGCCGGCGUUGGACGUGGACGCGGCGGGGGCGGCGCCGGCCACGCCCACCGAGGAGCGCGCCACGCAGGCGGGCGUGGUGCGGCCCAAGCGGCGCUCCGUCGAGAGCGGCCAGGGCGAGUCCUUCGAGAACCUGUCGUCGGCCAGCGAGGCGUCGGUGGCGCGGCCCGGACAGAUCCUGCGGAAGGGCACCCUGCGAAAGCGAAGCCGCUCCACCGACGCCGCCGCCUCCGCGGAGGACGUGUCUGGCGGAGAGACGCCGCUGCCUCGCCGGAGGCAGCUGUCGCUGGACAUGGAGGCGCCCAAGGACGACUCGUAUUCGGAGGAGGGCGACGGGCUGAGGACGCGGCUGCUGCGCGACGCGGCCGGCCGGCGCUCCGCCAAGACGCCGUCCGUGGAGUCGGUGCGCGAGGAGGAGCCGCUCGUCCCCACGACCAUCGCGACCGAGGUCGAGAGCCGCCAGCCGCAGCUGCAGCCGCAGCUGCAGCAGCGCGCCCUCGACGUCGACCUGCCCACGCUGCACGCGCCGCCCCCGCCGCCCACGCCCGUCACGCCCGCAGAGGGCGCGCCGCCUUCGGCCGCCGUCUCCGACCCGGUCGUCAUGGAGCAGCUCACCAGGUCGCUGCAGGAGAUCCAGCGCGGCCUGGCCACGGUGGAGCAGCAGGUGCGGUCCGAGUCGGCGUCGGAGCCGCAGCUGGCGCGCACCAGCCUGUCGGUGCUGGAGACGCUGUCGCAGCCGGUGGAGCAGCUGCGGCGCGGCCUGGAGCAGCCGGAGCAGCUGGCGGUGGAGCAGCUGGCGCAGCCGGUGCAGGAGCUGCGCCGCGGCCUGCAGCUGGUGGAGCAGCAGCGCGCCGUCAUGGCCGAGGAGGACGACCACUCGCUGCUGGAGCGCACCAGCGCCUCCAUCCUGGAGACGGUCGCGCAGCCCGUCAGGCAGCUCAGCCAGCUGCUCCAGCAACAGUCGGCAGAGCCGGCGCAGGGCGCAGCUGCGUCGGAUCGCCGCCUCUCGCAGGUGUCGGAGCAGCUGCAGCAACAACAACAGGCGGAGCCGUCGGCCGUGCUGCACGGCAUCGCCCGGCCUGUGUUGGAACUGCAGCGCGGCCUCACCUUCCUGCAGCAGCAGGCCGUGCUGGAGGCUAGUGGUGACACUCGGCUGUUCGAGAACGCGGGCCGGUCCAUCCUGUCGACGCUGGAGAGGCCGUUCCAGGACCUGCAGCGGGGCAUCGCGGCGCUGGAGGAGCAGGUGGGCGGCGAGGGCCCGUCCUCCGGCGUGCUGGGCGCGUCCAUCCUGGAGGCGGUGCUGUCGCCGCUGCGCGAGCUGCAGAGCGGCAUCGCGCAAGUGCAGCGGCAGGCCGCCACAGAGGCGGAGGAGGACGGCUUCGAGCCCGACGUCAAGCGCUACGCCGUGCUGAAGACGCUGUCGGGGCCGGUGGCCGAGCUGCAGCGCGCCGUCGUCGAGAUCGGCGAGCGCUUCAGCGUGGAGGCGGCGGUGGCCGGCGGCGGCGGCGGCGCCGGCGUCGCCGCGGCGCUGCUGGAGGCGCUGGAGCGCUCCGUGGACCAGCUGACGCGCCGCGCCGUCUCCGUGUCCAAGCUGGCCGUGCUGCGCGGUAAGACGGUCUCGGAGACAGAGGGCCUCGCCGUGCUCGGCAACCUGGCGCCGCCGCUCGUCAAGCUGCAGAAGGAGGUCAUCCGGGCGCAGAACGAGCUGCGGGUGCGGCCGGCGGAGGGCGCGGGCGGGGGCGGCAGCGGGGGCGGCAGCGGGGGCGAG